AUGCCACCACGUUGGAACACGCCUGUCGAACCAAACCAUGUUCUCCCUCCCUCUCCGCGAGCACCUGCAGCACCAACGGCACCAGCAGCGGCUGUGGUCAAACCUUGUCAAACCACGGAACGCAACAAGAUGAGCAUUCAGCCAUCCGUGAGUCUUGAAGAAGAUAUUCUCGACUAUCAAAAACAAACACAAACAGAGUCGUCCAUUGCCGCGCCUCGACCGACUCGGGCUCGAGUCAGGGAAGGUAAACUUCAAGCACAGAACAUCGAAGACGCCGCAGAACACACAGCAAGUUACUCAGCGACCGCACCCUUUGUAUCCCCAGCCACACUUCCGAGAAGACAAGCUGACGCCAAACCCGCACAAAUGCGGAGCGUGCUAGAAGGGAAAGGCUCAUUCAGCUCAGCGCCGCGCGUGAAAAGCCUGAAUGUGAAACUAGAGAAAACAGCGUUUGUUAACGUUCAUGAUGUAGAGCAGAGAGUUCCCCCAUCUCUUCCCAUUCCGUGUGCUGCGGUGUAUCAUACACGGACUUACGCUCAAUCUCAAGCGCCGAAGGGAGUGAGGUUUGAGAUGAAUGGGGAAAGAGAUGACAUUGAGCUUGAGGUUGAUGGGGGGAUAUUGAUGUGA